CGUCUCUAUGGUUCUCCCUCUCAGGACCGCGAAGGCGGGAGGGAGUGGUCAGCACGCCUUUUCCGCUAGUCUCCCCCUCUAGCCCACAGUCUCGCUGCCCUGAGCAUCCCGAGCCGGCUUACUGGCCGGCGCACAGACGGGCAGGCGCUUGGGGGGCGUACAGGGGGCGGGGGGAGUUCCGGUUCCGGUUCUUUGUGCAGCUGCGGCGGCGGCUCCGGGAAGAUGGCGGCCCGGGCGGGUUUUCAGUCUGUGGCCCCGAGCGGCGGCGCCGGAGCCUCAGGAGGGGCGGGCGCGGCGACUGCCCUGGGGCCGGGCGGAACUCCCGGACCUCCUGUGAGAAUGGGCCCGGCUCCGGGUCAAGGGCUGUACCGCUCUCCUAUGCCCGGAGCGGCCUAUCCGAGACCAGGUAUGCUACCAGGCAGCCGAAUGACACCUCAGGGACCUUCCAUGGGACCUCCUGGCUAUGGGGGGAACCCUUCAGUCCGACCUGGCCUGGCCCAGUCAGGGAUGGACCAGUCCCGCAAGAGACCUGCACCUCAGCAGAUCCAGCAGGUCCAGCAGCAGGCGGUCCAAAAUCGAAACCACAAUGCAAAGAAAAAGAAGAUGGCUGACAAAAUUCUACCUCAAAGGAUUCGUGAGCUGGUACCAGAAUCCCAGGCCUAUAUGGACCUCUUGGCUUUUGAAAGGAAACUGGACCAGACUAUCAUGAGGAAACGUCUAGAUAUCCAAGAGGCCUUGAAACGUCCCAUCAAGCAAAAACGGAAGCUGCGAAUUUUCAUUUCUAACACUUUCAAUCCGGCUAAGUCAGAUGCCGAGGAUGGGGAAGGGACGGUGGCAUCCUGGGAGCUUCGGGUAGAAGGACGGCUCCUGGAGGAUUCAGCCUUGUCCAAAUAUGAUGCCACCAAACAAAAGAGGAAAUUCUCUUCCUUUUUUAAGUCCUUGGUGAUUGAAUUGGACAAAGACCUAUAUGGACCAGACAACCAUCUGGUAGAAUGGCACAGGACCGCCACUACACAGGAGACCGAUGGCUUCCAGGUGAAGCGGCCAGGAGACGUGAAUGUACGAUGCACUGUCCUACUGAUGCUGGAUUACCAGCCUCCCCAGUUUAAAUUAGACCCUCGCCUGGCUCGGCUCCUGGGUAUCCACACCCAGACUCGUCCAGUGAUUAUCCAAGCACUGUGGCAAUAUAUUAAGACACAUAAACUCCAGGACCCUCAUGAGCGGGAGUUUGUCAUCUGUGACAAGUACCUCCAGCAGAUCUUUGAGUCUCAACGUAUGAAGUUUUCAGAGAUCCCUCAAAGGCUUCAUGCCUUGCUUAUGCCACCAGAACCCAUUAUCAUUAAUCAUGUCAUCAGUGUUGACCCAAAUGACCAGAAAAAAACAGCGUGUUAUGACAUUGACGUGGAAGUGGAUGAUACCCUGAAGACCCAGAUGAAUUCUUUUCUGCUGUCUACUGCUAGCCAGCAGGAGAUCGCUACUUUAGACAACAAGAUCCAUGAGACAAUAGAAACUAUCAACCAGCUGAAGACCCAGCGAGAGUUCAUGCUGAGCUUUGCCAGAGACCCUCAGGGUUUCAUCAAUGACUGGCUUCAGUCCCAGUGCCGGGACCUCAAGACCAUGACCGACGUGGUGGGUAACCCAGAAGAAGAGCGCCGAGCUGAGUUCUACUUCCAGCCUUGGGCUCAGGAGGCUGUGUGCCGAUACUUUUACUCCAAGGUGCAGCAGAGACGACAAGAAUUAGAGCAAGCUCUGGGAAUCCGGAAUACAUAGGGCUUCUCCUACAGCCCUGAUUUGGCUGUACCAAUUCAUUAUUCAGGCCCUGUGCUGCCUGCCUCAUAGCACCUGCCUUGGUCUUGCUUAGGGCCUUCUAGGGAUGCUGUUGGUUCAAGGACAAUGCCAGAAUGAAGAGGGUCUCACAUUUCUGUCUCACAAGACACCUGUUACCCUCUUCUCCUGUCCCAACCCUUCCUACCCCCAGCUUCCCUUCGCCCCACAACGUUCCCAUGUGCCUCUGCCCUCCCCUGGUCUGCCUCGGACCUCUAGAUAGUGUUAGAGAACCUGUAGCAGUAACCAGUGCUCUGGAUGGACUGGGCCUAAGGCCAGGUGGUCUUCAAGGGGACCAGCUACACUGAUGUUGCCCUUCAGAGACCCAGGAACUGGGGGCUCUCGCCUCCUUCUCCUAGACUCAGGCCUGGGGCGCUCUGUAAGCUAGUUGACUUGCCCUCCUGAUAACAGAAUGCAGUUUCCUUCCUUCACACGUUCAGCGCAAACUUCCUUCACUUGUUGCCCUCUAGCACUAAAGGAACUCUGGCUCUUGGGCUCCACUGAGCCCAAGGUCAGUCCCCAGCCCUACGGACUGGCCUGCUGUCUUAGUGCUUCUCUCAACUCCUUAGUAGGAGUCCACAUCAGUAUUGGAGCUUGUUCCUGAACUGCCGCUCCCUCCCACACACUCCUUGUAGCUGCCCUUUGUAGGAUUCCCUUGUACCUGCCCAGCUGUGGUGUUUGGUCAGGGAAUCUUGCCUUUCCCUGUCAGAGCCCCAGGGAUCUAAUCCUCUGUCGCCAGCAGAGGCUGUUCCAUCCUGCUGUUGCUGGGAGGAAUGACUCGUUCACUCCUCCCUGCUCCCCUCUCAAUGGAGAAACAGGCCUAAAAUCAAACGGGUAAAGCCCUGGGCUGUCCCUGUCUUCCUGUCCCUGUCUGCCCUGUUGAUACUCUGGUGAUUUCUAGGGCACUGAGGGAUGAAAGCGUAGGGCUGCAAAACAGCUCUGAGUUGGGUUUGUGACUCUUCCCUACCCCUGCCUCACAGGAUUGUGACUCCCCGGCCCCUGCCCUCAAAGCUUCAGACCCCUCAGGUAGCAGGACCUUGGGAUCUUGGCUCCUUGGAACAGAGAUGGUUUAGCAUCUUUCCAGGAGGGCCUCAGGUUCCUCGGGGUUGUGCCGCCCCCGAGUUAGCAUAUCUCAGACUCGCAGACUCAACACAGCAGGGUGGGAGACAGCUGGGCACAGGGAGAUUCUGCUCAGCAUGGGCUCUGAACCCACGGAACUGACAGGCCCUGCUUCCCCACCCCUCCUCAGGCUCCUGCGAGCACGUCACCCUACGCCUCGCCCCUGCCUGUUCUCCGCUGGGGACAGCAGAGUGUUCACCCCGUUGUCGUCGUCUUGCCAUAUUUCUACCCCUGCAGCAAAAGGUUCUCCAGUGACACUGGACAACCCUGGGGCCGCUGAGCCCUGGCCCGUCUCCUCCCUGGAACCACGGGGAGGAAGCUCAGCACUCCUACACUGUCUCUGUUGAAGAUAAAUUUUUAUUAACUGAAUUAUGUUUUUUUCAUGGACCAAAUUUUUUUUUGUAUUAUCCCUUUAUCAGUGUCACCCAGUUUUAAUAAAAGAAUCUUCUGAAGGGUGA